AGAGCCCCGCACGCACCGCGGGGCACGGCCGAGGGCUGCGGCGGCGGCGGAGGAGGAGGAGGAGGAGGAGGAGGAGGCGGCGGGAGCGCGGCCCGCAGCCGGGGAUGGGAUAUACAAAAACACAAAGGAAAAGCGGCCGGACUGCUCGGGCUGCAAGUUUUGCUUUUCUUGAAACUGCACUCGAAACUGUUCGCUGUCUGGGAGUCUACGGGAAAGUACAUGAGAGGAGUUCUUUGCCUGGGGUUGUAGCUCGCUGCGUUAUUGCUUAGGGGAGAAAUAAGCACCGAAAGCGCUUCGGCUUUACCCAGCGGCCGCGAGAAGCGAUCGCACAGCGGCGGGCAGCGCUCCGGGACCCCGUGGAACCCCGCAGCGACGGACGGACGGGCGCAGCCCGAAGGGGAGCGGCAGAGACGGAGCAACAAAGACGGGACCGAGACCAGCCCGGACCGACGGACCGCUUCACUGCUCAGAACCCGGCGGAGCGCCGAACCACACCUCGAGGGGGGGGGCCGGGACAGUGCUCGGCGGUUCCUUUCCUCGCAUCAAUUUCCACUUCAAGAAAUAACCCCCCGCCCGCGCCCGAAAUAAAAUAAAAUCAGUAAACCUGCCCGGUCGCACUCCUUCCCCAGGGAGCCUCCCCCCGCCCGGCGCUUCGUUUUGGAGGCAGCGGCUCCUUUGAUUUUGAUUUUUCUUCCUCUAUCGGACAACCCCCCCCCCGCUCCCCCGCUCCCCCGGCCAUCCGCCCCUCGGCUGGGGCUGCCCAGCCCCGAUGGUGGCACGGCCGUAGCGGGUCCCCCUUCUCCUUCCCUCCAGCCCCGAGCUCCGCCGGGGGCCGGGCGGGGUGCUCAGGGGGCGCGGGGCUGUCCGCCCUCCCCCGGACUCGGGCCGCGACCGCUGCCCCCGCCUCUUAUACCCCCCCAUCCGCCUCCAUGUGGCAGUGAGUGCGGAGCGGACCCAUCCGCAGGGCCGAGCGAUGGGCGACACGGCUCCCCCCCAGGCCGCGGGGUUGGCGGCCGGGCUGCUGGGGGGGGGCCCGGCGGCUCCCCGCGUGCACAGCGCCAUCGUGGAGCGGCUGCGGGCCCGCAUCGCCGUCUGCCGCCAGCACCACCUCAGCUGCGAGGGACGAUACGAACGGGGCCGCGCCGAGAGCUCCGACCGCGAACGGGAGAGCACCUUACAGCUCCUCCACCUCGUGCAGCAAGGGCAGGGAGCCCGCAAGGCCGCCAAGCACCCCAAGGCGGCCGCAGGAGCGGCGGGAGGAGGAGGAGGAGGAGGCGGUACGGCCGCACCGACCGCCGCCGCGCCCCCGGACUAUCACCAGCACCUCCUCAGCAACGGCGGCAUCAACGGGGAGCAGCCGGCGGGGGAGCAGCGCGCCUCGGCCCUGCUGGCGCUCCAAGGAUCCUUGAAGAGAAAGCUGGUUGUAAAUCUGUCACCUGUCAACAACAAGAGGCCGAAUGGUGUUUCAGACAGCUCUUUCCUUGACAUUAAGAGGAUAAGAGUAGGUGAUAAUAUCUCAAUGGGACAAGGUGGGCAUCAUGUUAACAACUGCCAAAGCCAGUCAAUGUCUGGAACUAUGUCUGUGGGGCAAGGAUCACAAAGAAAGACCAGCAACCUAGCAAACAACACGCAUGCCAGUGGGAAUGGCAUUUUUAAUAUGACCUUGAAAGAAGUAAAGAAAGAACCAGGAGAAACAAUGUCUUGCAGCAAACACUUAGAUGGCCAGAUGUCCCAUGAGAACAUGUUCCCUAACAGAUAUGGGGAAGAUUCAGGGGAACAAAUGAUGGAUCCGGAGCUCCAGGAACUAUUUAAUGAACUGACUAAUAUAUCAGUACCACCAAUGAGUGAUCUUGAGCUAGAGAAUAUGAUAAAUGCCACAAUAAAACAAGACGAGCCGUUCAACAUUGACCUUGGGCAGCAAAGCCAGAGGGGCCCUGUGAGACCUCUGCAGAUGGAUAAGAUGGUAAUUAAGAGUGAGUAUGCACCAGGCAUGAACCAGGCUCCUGUGGGAUCCCCACAGAUGAGACCUUCUUCUACAGGUCCAGCCUUCACUAUGGCCACUGCUGCCAUGUCCACCUCUUCACCCAUCCCUUCGGUGCCUCAGAAUCAAACACAGGUAGCACAGGUUUCCUCUGCAUCCAGUCGGCCGUUGCCUAACUGGCAGGAGGUUUCUCAUGCACAGCAGCUCAAGCAGAUCGCAGCCAACCGUCAGCAGCAUGCCUUGAUCCAGCAGCAGCAGCAGCAGCAGAACCAGACAGCCAACUGGUCCACCUUGUCUCCAUCAGGUCCUUCACCCGGACCCUUUGUGCAAGAAAAAAUCCCCAGUCCAUCUUUUCGUCAGCAGCAGUUCAGCCCACAGAGCUCAGCAAUGCUUGGGGUGCCUGUGAAUGGAAACCAGUCAAAAGGGAUGAAUAACUAUGUUUAUAAGCCAACUACUCCCCAGAGUAAUCCCAUGGACAUAAUCAUGCAACAGAAGACUCAGGACCUCAACAGAAAUUUUAUCAACAGUGCUCAGCCACCACUAGAGCAGCAUCAUGGUAAUACAAAGCCUUUGUUUCACUUUAACUCAGAGCAAACAAACCAGCAGAUGCCUUCAGUUUUGGGUUCCCAAAGCAAGCCUGCCCUUCUGCACUACACGCAGCAGGCACAGAGUUCAGCGCCAGUGCAACAGCCGCAGCCACAGCAGCAACAGCAGCCACAGCCGCCACCUGCUCAGCCUCUCCCAAACCAGUCUCUUCAAAGGCCACCCAAUGUACCCCUAGCAAUGCAACAGAAAAUGAUGCUUCAGAAAAUUCAGCAAAGCCAGCAAAUCUCAGGUUUGCAGUAUCCAGUCUCUCAGCAGCAUAGACAGGAUCAACACUCUGUGGUAGGCCAGGGAGCUGGCCCCACUCCAAACUCCAGUUCUUGCUCAAAUCCAAACACUGGAAGUGGCUACAUGAACUCAUCCCAGCAAUCAAUGUUGAAUCAGCAACUGAUGGAAAAGAAGCAGGCUCUGCAACGGCAAAUGAUGGAGCAAAAACAACUCCUCCUACAGCAGCAGAUGUUGGCAGAAGCUGAGAAAAUCACUCCACAAGAUCAGCUGAACAGACACUUGACACGACCACCACCAGAUUAUAAAGACCAAAGGAGAAAUGUUUAAAACAUGCAUGUUUUCUCCUUUCCAGGUGGUUCACCAGCUGUGAGCAUGAGCUCCAGCAUGUCCUUAUCAAACCCAAUUUCAACACACAGCAUCAUGCCUCAGAGCUCCAGCCUCAUGUCCACCCCUGCUGGGACCCGAAUGCCUUCUGUUCCUGCUGCUCGGAGUAUGAGCUGCUAUGGGAACCUUCCUUGCAACCAACCGAGUGCUUACAGUGUGACUUCAGGAAUGAAUCAAAUGCAGCCACACAGAAACCAAAACCAAGUCCUGCCCACUCAGAAUAAUCCCAUGAUGUCUCGACAGCAAAGCAUGACGCAGAACAACAACACAGCUGCUUUUGGGACUGGGUCAGUGGUCAGCUCACAGCAAGUAAGGCCAAGUUUGAACCACGGAGCCACAGGUAUCCCAGUGCAAAGACCACCCAAUGUGAUGAUCACAGCUACGGCCACUGCUCAGAACUGGGCCCCGCAAGAAGCUGCUGUGAAGCAGCAGGACGCACUGAAACCCACAGGUGUCCGUUUCCCUACAAGCACUCCAUAUUCUAACCAGUCUUUGCAACGCAACAUGGGCAACCAGCAUUUUCCUCAGCGUGCAUUGGCACCUCCUAACCAGUUAACAGCAGGAGUCCAAAUGAGGCCUCCUCUGAACCAAAUGCACCAGACUGUAAAUGGACAAUCUGCUGGUUCGCUACGAGGUCUAAGUGUAAGGCCUAACCAGAUAAGAGGACAGACUGUGCCUACCUUGAAUCAGCCAGGAACAAGCAUGACACCUCCGUCAUCUCUGCCAUCUACCAGUUUCACAUCUACCAACCAAAACUCCCGGGCUUACCAAGGAGGUGACCAUGGUAGUGACCUCACGUUUGACUUUCUGAACCAGCAGAGUGACAGUAUAGGACCUGCGCUCAACAGUGAUUCAGACUUUAUAGAUUCUUUACUGAAAACAGAACCUGGUAAUGAUGACUGGAUGAAAGACAUCAAUCUUGAUGAGAUUUUGGGGAACCACUCGUAAGUGACAGUGCCAGGGGUGAAACAGAUGAAGCAGCAGUAAGGACGUUAGCUUUUUCUUUAGAUACCAACAAUCUCCUUUAUUAACUUACACUCCAAUAACUGGGCUGUCCUUUAAAAUACCACAUAGGGCGACCACCUUGUUUGAAGAGUUGCUCUGGGAACAGUGGUGAUGUCUCCCUGAUCAAACGAUAAUGUAAAUGGUAGUCAUGCCUGCCAGAAAGGAGUGAGAAUACGUGAAGGGUCUGUUCCCCACGCUGGUGCCCACCACAUUGCAAACUCAUUAGUUCUUCUCAUGGGUGCUGUGUGGAAAAACACUUAGCUUCCCACAUGCUGAAGCACCGGAGAGUAGUAUGGGCUGUGAAACAGCAUUUCUCUGAGUGUAAGUAGCAGCCCAAGCAGUCCAGAGAUCUUCAGUCAUUGUCUUUGCAGCCCUUAACUACCUUGGGACUACUCAGCCCUGGCAGGAUCAGGCUCUGUGUAAAUCUCAUGGCGUUAAAAAAAAAACUGUUUACUUCUACAUAGUACAGACUCACACUUGUGUUUCCAAUGGUUUUGUUUUAAACCUUCUGUGUUUUAUACCACACAAAAGGGUAAGUGGUCCCAUCCAAGGAAAGGAGACAGAUCAUGCAACAGACAUUAGCGUGUAACGGUGUGCUCUAGUUUUUGCUUUCUCUCUUCCACCAGCGCCUGCAGCCAGUAUCAGAGGAAGCCGCCUUCCUGUCAACAGCACAUUUGGAGCAUAGAGGGAGACAUGGCAUGAACUAUGCCAGAGCUUGGGAGCCUCCCUUUGCCACCUUGCCCUCCCCCAAGAACACCAGUGACUUAAUGGACAAAUUAAUUGAGAAAGGUGCUCACAGUUUGACCCUCAUGGGCUACAUUCCCAGUCCAGAUUACAGGAGGGCAAAUACAUGAUGUGGCCAUUGAAGCCACAGCAAGUAUCCCCAUUUUCAUCUUAACCCAAGGCGCGGGUCAGGUAAUUCAGCCCAGUGCCAUUCUAUCAAACAGCUUCUUCCCUGCAGGAAUUCAAGUCUCUCUGUCUGGGAGAGACUACCAUUUUGAUUGCACAGUAUCUUGGCUCCACUUUCCAAAGCUCACCUUUGGUAUAUGAGGGGAGCUUAAGAGGUCCAACAAUGGCCCAGAUCAAUACAGCUUCUUUCAGCAGAGUACAAGGGUGCUGCCUCUGGAGCCAGCAUGCAUACAUAUCUAUUACAGAAUCACAGAAUUAUCAAGGUUGGUAAAGACCUAGAAGAUCAUCUAGUCCAACCAUUACCAAUACUUCCCAGCUAAAUCAUAUUCAUCAACACAACAUCCAAACGUUUCUUGAACACCUGGGUUACCUGCAGUAUUCACUCAACCACAUCUAUGCUGGUACAUUGAACAGUUUUAAAGAAUAUUUCUGGGCACUCUACUCAAUCAAAUGUUCUGGCUUUUUGGGAUGGUUCAGCUAACAUUGCCCUGAGCAAUUUCUGUAUAUCAAUAGGAAGUUAACUUGAGUCACAGCAAGUUUGCAGCUACCUUGCACUGAAGGCUAACAGAACAGAGUAGUAAGGAUAUGGAUUCCACAUUGCUUGAAUUCACUGCUACAGAAUAGUCUAUAGGCUUGGCGAGUCAGGACAUCAGAAAGAGGUCCUAUGUCACAAUAAAGUAACUCUACUGUGAGUCUGGAAGGAGGAUUCAGAAAUGGGAGCAGAUCUUGCAAUUCAAAUGAAAAUGCUGUGCUUUAAAAUGAUGUAGCGAGACGUGUUUCACAGCCUCCUCUGAAUUAGUUAAAACUAGAUGUGGCAAAGGAAUACAAUGCCUACGUUCACAUGCCUCAGCGCCAAGAGGCACUGCUCUACCCCAUCCGCGCAAGUGCUUUAUUCAUCCUUGUUAGUGGAAGUGGGAUGAGUAGACUAUCUGACAAUAGCCUCUGCACUUAUCUGACCUAUUUCUCAAGAGAGGUUUUAAUAAGGCUUUUCCAGUUAUUUCUCACUGUCAUUUCAUGUGGGCACAAUUCUUCAUGAUGUUUCAAGAAGCACGGUCACACACACACAAGUGCCAGCACCUCCAAGAAAGGUAUAACAUGGGCAUAUGAUGAGACGUACCAGUUGAGGCAGGUGGGCCGUGAUGCUAUUAAUUCCCAGACUCUGUUCAUGAGAGAGAUGAGAAACCACACUGGAGUGUCCCUUCUGCCCCACCUAGUGAUCGCUGUGCAUUGCUGCCUUGCAUAUGGUGGUGGCUCAGCUGACCAGAAUGCUCCAUUUUAUCCCCAGUUCUCACUGGGGUGCAUGCAGUAUUGAUGUUUCCAAGUCCUUAAAAAGCUUUUCAGCUUACUGGCAUCCUACCUACUUUGGGAGUGAUACAGAUGCAGUCUAACAAAUGCAUCCCCUAUAUACUGUGCAAAACUAGAGUGAAACAGUAGCUAGGAGUUGGAAGUGUAAAGAUCAGUGCACAGGAAUGCACAUUAUCUGUGAGCAGUGACCACCCAACCUCUUGCAUGAGCGGACAAUUCUGAUGCUAAAGCUGAGGCUGGGUUAGUCUCAUCAAGAGCAAUGAGCACUAAAGUCUGCUAACUUCAGCUGCACUCGCAUGCCAUUGAGAAAGCCACCUGUACUGAGAACAGAUUGUUUUCCAGAUCCUCAACUGAUGUAAAAUAAUGCUCAGCUGAGGAGCUGGUCCCAAGACUUUAAGCUGUCACCCAGUGCUGAAUUCAAUGCUGAGCUUUGGCCUGUUGGCCCCAGCCUGCAGUGGAGGAAACACUGGGCAUCCAUGGGAUCAAAACAUCAUCCUGUCUUAAGUAAACCCAGCAAGGCAGAGGCCACUGCAGUCCUGUAAAGACACACCUGAUGCAUUUGAAAUAGGAGCUGGCGAAAGACUUCUUGCUACCAAAACUUGAAUCCAGUGUCCUUUCUUCAGAACACCCGUGUCCAAGCUGAGUUAGUGUCUUUGUUUUCCUUUCUUUGCAAUGGUUAAGUGCACUACCCUUAGAGUCUAUUUUUCAUCAUCGACCGAGCGCUCUUCACAGUAUUGGGUUGUAAAUAUAAAGAAUUAUUUGUUUUGUAAACUUUUGUAAAAAAAAAAAAAAAAGAAAGAAAAAAGGGAAAAAAAGCAAAAAAGAAAGAAAAGGAAAAACAAACAAAAAUGAAAUAAAAACAAAACCAAAAAGUAAUAAUAUUUUGGUAGGAAUAAUAAAAUCAUAUUAUUUGGGUUAUAUUUAUACAUAUGUGAAAUAAAUAUACUAUCAGAAAGUUGUAUUUUAUACGAAAAAAAGACAACGGUUACCUUUUGUAUUCUAUAUACAAAGUUUUGUAUGAUACGAUUGUUUAUUUUUAUCUGCAGACUUCGGAUUUUGGGGGAGGGCAGGAUGGGAUCGUGGUUAAAUAGCUGGGCCUGACCCCAAGCUCACUGAAACCAAUGGAGUCUUUCCAUUGCCUUUGCAGGGCUUUGAAUCAAGCCUUUAAAUCAACUUCAGGUAUAUUUGAAAUCUGAAGCUCUCUGGAAACCUCAACAUGAAAACAUUCCAGGUUUCAAUUUAUUAUUAUUUUUUUUCCCCCACAAAAAAAAAAGGCUUUUAUUCUUGUUGUUGUUGUUGUUGUUGUUGUAACUCUUGGGAGGCAGAUGGGACCCGUGUAACUGUCACGUCCUUGUUGCAUGUACGUCUGCUUUAUAUUUUCCCCAUAUUAUAAACCAGUGUUUCUCUAUACAGACUGAAAAGAAAAGUUGCUGUACAGAAAUGUUUGUGUUUAUGCAUUUUUACAUGUGGCUGUAUAUACCUCUUAGUACUAUGCAGUGACACUUAUUUGACUCCAUUUAUUUUUCACCUAAACAUGAAUAGUAUGUUUUUCAGUAGCUAUCAAAACUCUGCCAAGUAAAUCAAUCAAAAUUA